CGGAACCAGCUUGGAACGUAACAGUUGCGAUCGCGAAUUUCUCACAAUUUAUUAUUCCAUUACUGAAUACAAUAUUUUCUUGCUUUUCAACCUUAUUAACGAAUAAUUUAUUUAGUCCUAAUGUAUAUCGUAUUAUUAUUUAUUUUUGAAUGUAUCCACAUUUGUUUCAUUGGGUCCAGCGUCUAGUAAAACUCGGGAGAAGUUUCGGCGAGCCGUUUGCACUGGUCUCCGCUCAAUCAAAAGGCACAAGCGAUAAUAAUUGGUGACGAAAAACCGAAAAACAGAGGAAAAUUUCUAGAAAUGGCUCAAAGCAGGCUCGAAAGGAUUGGAACCAUCUAUUCGAGGGUUUCCUCGCUGAUAAAAGGCCGAGCUAUGAGACCUGAGGACAGACCCCUGUGGUUCGAUCUCUACGAGGCAUUCCCACCCAAACUGGAGCCUAGGUUUGACAGGGCUGCACCUAAUAUUCCCGUUCGAGAUAUUUUUUAUAAGGAAGAUCCUGUUAGAGCAAAAUUUCAAAAGGAGCACAGCAGAUUCACAAUGAAUUUACAAGUGCAAGACACCCAAUCUCAAACCCAAAAAUUUCUUCGCGUCUACAAGGAAUUGGCCAAAAGUGGACUGCCAGAUUCAGAGGCUUAUGAAAAAGCUGUUGAGAAAUGGACGCAAGGGAUUGUAGAAGAUAAAGCCACUAGAUCCACAGAGAAGAGCGAAACUAAAACUGAUAAGCACCAUGAACCAGUAGCCUCCGUAGAUAUACGUGAUAUUUUUAAAGAAUAAAAUAAAAAAUAAUUCAUUGAUCGUGAAAAUCGCCUUCAUUUAUUACUAUCAAUUACAGAUUUUUGUAAUAAACUGGAUAACGAAUA